AUGCUGGACGACGCGGACCUCGUGCGCGGCGCGGGCUUGCUCGUCAUGGCGUUCGGUGCGCUCCUCCUCGUCACGAUCGCGCCUCUUUGGUUUGUCUCGUCGGCCGUCGAGGCGAGCGGUGCACACGUUUCGGCGCGCUAUGGCCUCCUCGAGCUCUGCACAACUGCGCUGUAUCCGAAUGCGUCGACGACCAACACGUGCUACCGGCUGCACGCAGCGCUGCUACCGCCGAGCAGUCAUCGCGUCUACGCGCCAGGCAGCGUGUGCGCCAGCUUUGGUGCCAACGCAUCCGCGGCGACAACAGUCAUGGCGCAGAUCACCGGCCUUGGCACGCACGAUACGGCGCGGUACUUGACGUGGGAGUGCGACUCGCCCCACUUGCUCUCGGUGCUAGCGCUCCUCGCUCUCCUCGCCCUCACGCUCGUCGGGCUCGUCUGGGUUGUCGCGAUCGCCGCGAUGCACCAGCCGCUCGGCGCCCACGCCAGCUUUAGCACGCUCUGGCUUCUGCUUUCGAUCUGCUACGGCUGGGUCUUUGCCGAGCUUUUCGCGCGUGCGGUUUGGCGUCGUCUGAUUGUCGGCGGACUCGACCACUUGAGCUAUGGGAUGGGGCUACUCUACUUGCUCGUAGCCUACGCUCUGCACGCGCAUGGCCUGCCUGUGCUCGCACUGUACCAAAACCGACUCCAGACCCGCCUCGAUCUCGGGCUUAUCUGCGCCUAA